GUCGACAUCUCGCCGGGUCUGUGCUUGGGUUCCCAUCGAUUGGCGAGCGAAGAUUCAAGACCACGCUGGCUCGCCAUUUCCCCGAGCUCGCGUACUUCGGGCCCGCCCAUCAGAGGCAGCUGCAGCAGACCUACGGCGCGCUCCUGUCCGUCUACUGGCUCGUGAACGAUCAGCACGAGGCUUUCACGCGGGAGCAGGAUCAAGCGGAUAUGCUCUCCAAGCAAUCCUGGGCCUGGAUUCAGGAGUGGAUGUCCGAGCAUGUGAAGAUCCACUCUGAAGAGGUCCUCGACUCGACGAUGGUAUUCAUGGCCAUCCAUGCGCUGGGAAAGAUCACGCAGUUUCGGGAGGAGCUGGCACCCGGUUUCUCUUCGGAUCUUCACGAUGUAGCUUUGGCCCACAUCUUGGAGACGCAGCCAGAGCUG